AUGAUUUCUGGGUCUGGAUUGGGGUUCGUGCCGAUGGGAGGGGUGUUUUCUGUUUAUUGCGCUACGAAGGCGGCGGUGCAUGCGUGUGUGGUUGGCAUUCGGCAGAGUUUGGAGGGGAGUAGUGUACAUGUUCUCGAGAUUGUGCCGCUGGCUGUGGGGACGGAGUUGGAUGCUUCGCAGAAGGAGUUGGCGGAGACGUUCCCGGCGCCGAUGACGCUUGAGGAGUUUGGGGAUGAGGAGUUUGGGAAGUUGGAGGAUGGGAGGGUUGGGGAGAUGAAGGAAGUGGCGGCGGGAACGGCAAACGCGAGGGUGGAGGCCUGGAGGGGCAGUAUCGGCAAAGGUUUGGAGGAGAGAGGUAUUGGUGGUUGA